UUGCUCUUCCCUGGAGUGGGCCCUCAGGAGCUCCAUCUGAAACAGUUUCAGGACUGCUUUUGGGUUUUAGCUUUCCUAAUGCCAGCCUGCACUCCUUUCAACUGGGGGCCCUAAGGCAGGCAUCCUGAAAUACACCCUCGAAGCCACUUGUCGGUGGCUUGUUCCAGCAGUCCAGGGAGGGCUUGCUGACCUGCAGGUGUCCUCUGGCCUCUAGUUGUAGUCACACUGCCCCGGGUCAAGAGCCCAGAGAAGACGCUGGCACCAGGACCCACCACUGGCAAAGUAUCUGUCAUCUGAGGAAGAGUCUGCUGAAGGUGAGGAUCAUGGACUUUAUUACCUCUACGGCCAUCCUGCCCCUGCUGUUUGGCUGUGUGGGAAUCUUUAGCCUCUUCAAGCUGCUGCAACGGAUCCGCAUGAGGGCCUACCUCCGGAACGCUGUGGUGGUCAUUACGGGUGCUACCUCAGGCCUGGGGCGAGAAUGUGCCAGAGUCUUCUAUACUGCGGGUGCUAAGCUGGUGCUUUGUGGCCGAAACCGGAAGGCCCUAGAAGAGCUCACCAAAGAACUUACAGCUUCUCCAGCCACCAGGGUGCAGACACACAAGCCUUACAUGGUGGCCUUUGACCUCGCAGACCCUGGGGCCAUCAUAGCAGCAACAGCUGAGAUCCUGCAGUGCUUUGGCUAUGUGGAUGUGCUCAUCAACAAUGCCGGCAUCAGCUACCGAGGCGCCAUUGUGGACACCACCACGGAUGUGGAUAAGAAAGUCAUGGAGACAAACUACUUUGGCCCAGUUGCUCUAACGAAAGCACUCCUACCCUCCAUGAUCAAAAGGCGACAAGGCCACAUUGUUGUGAUCAGCAGCAUCCAGGGCAAGAUCAGCAUUCCUUUUCGAUCUGCAUAUGCAGCCUCCAAACAUGCAACCCAGGCAUUCUUUGACUGUCUUCGUGCCGAAAUGGAGCAGUAUGAGAUUGAGGUGACUGUCAUCAGCCCUGGCUACAUCCAUACCAACCUCUCUCUAAAUGCCGUCACUGCGGACGGGUCCACAUAUGGAGUUAUGGACAAGACCACGGCUCAGGGCCGAAGCCCUGUGGAGGUGGCCCGAGAUGUUCUGGCUGCUGUGGGGAAGAAAAAGAAAGAUGUGAUCCUGGCUGACCUGUUGCCUUCUUUGGCCAUUUAUCUGCGAACUCUGGCUCCUGGGCUCUUCUUCAGCCUCAUGGCCUCCAGGGCCAGAAAGGAGCGGAAAUCCAAGAACUGCUAGUAGUGCAUCUGAGCUGGGAUUGGGGGGCAGCACUUGCCUGAAUGCAGCUGCUUGACAGGGGACAGCUGCAUUUGUUGAGAUACAGGUGGGAAAGAUGGAACACACGCUUCUAAAGAUCCCUGCUGAUAGAAUGAGAACCAGAAAAGGUAAUAGCCUUCUCAGGGGUGAGGGGUAAACCAUAAGGAACAAGUGUGGAGCUAGGUUUAAACCAAGAAUCUGAAAUGAAUGAAUGGUAAGAAUUGUAGUCCUUAAGGGCUGAAAGCACCAUGCCUUUGAAUUCCAGCCUUAGCCAGCUCCUAGAAAGUGUUUCAGUCUUGAAGACAGAAGACUUCCUAAUGUCACCUGACCUGGUUCUCAUAUUUGACUUAUCUGGACCACACACCUAAUGGUUCUGGCAGAGUCACCUGCAGUACUCAAGGGAAAAGGCUGUCAUCAUAAGAAGCUUUCACUCAUAUCCAUUUUCAGGAUCCUACAGUCCAUCAUCCAGCACAACAAAUGGGCUCCUGUGUGUUCUAUCUUUCCAUGUAACCCAAGUGAUGCUUCAGUAACUAAAAGGAAUUCCCUGGUUUCCCUGUGAACUCUCAGCUGGAGUCCCAUAGACCAGACCCCACUCCAAGCAGAAGAUGAAUUUACAGAGGACACAGCAGCCAAAAGGGAGAAGAAAACCCCACAUGGUCCCAAUAUCCUCUAGGAAAUCAGACCCAGAAGCCCAGUCAGGUGGAGAGGGAUUCUAGAGCAGCAGCAGACCCCCAGUGAGAGCAGUCAUUUGUUAGCCAUGCCCAUUGGAACAUAGCCAAAAAGGACUCCUGCUUCCACCUUUGAUUUAUUAAAAAUACAUGGUUGAGGUUCAGUGAGUAAGUCAACUUCAUAUCUGAAGUUUAGGAUGAAACUUUUCCUAUUAUUUAGGCUGAAAGUGGAAAUUGUGGGUAUAUUACAUGGCUUCCCAGACUUGGAAUAAAAAUGUCCUGGCACAUCCUACUGGCAUCUUGUACUAUAUCCUAACCCUGGCCCUACGGAGCUUGUAUUUUAAACAGCAAUCCCUGAAAUAAAAAUGACCAAAGCCAACCUA